UCCAGCGCAGCCAUGAGCGCAGGUUCAGUGGAGCAGGAGCCGUCACGCAAGCUGGCCUGCUGCGGGGUGCCCCUCAUCACCGAGGACAUGCAGUCCCUGGCCAUCCGCACCCUCUCAGGCACCGACAUCAGCAAGCACUAUGACCUCAUCCGUGAGCUGGGCAAGGGCACCUAUGGCAAGGUGGACCUGGUGUCCCACAAAAGCACAGGCACCAAGAUGGCCCUGAAGUUUGUCAACAAGAGCAAGACAAAGCUGAAGAACUUCCUGCGGGAGUUCAGCAUCACCAACACGCUAUCCUCCAGCCCCUUCAUCAUCAAGGUCUUCGACGUGGUCUUCGAGACUGAGGACUGCUACGUCUUUGCUCAGGAGUAUGCCCCCGGCGGGGACCUCUUUGACAUCAUCCCGCCACAGGUGGGGCUCCCCGAGGAGCUGGUGAAGCGCUGCGUGCAGCAGCUGGGCCUGGCCCUCGACUACAUGCACAGCAAGAGCCUGGUGCACCGGGACAUCAAGCCCGAGAACGUGCUGCUGUUCGACCGCGACUGCCGCCGCGUCAAGCUGGCCGACUUCGGCAUGACGCGCAAGGUGGGCUGCCGGGUCAAGCGUAUCAGCGGCACCAUCCCCUACACCGCGCCCGAGGUGUGCCAGGCCGGCCGGGCUGAGGGUUUCGCCGUGGACACCAGCAUCGACGUCUGGGCCUUCGGGGUGCUCAUCUUCUGCGUCCUCACGGGCAACUUCCCCUGGGAGGCGGCGGCGGCCUCCGACUCCUUCUUCGAGGAGUUCGUGCGGUGGCAGAAGGGGCGGCUCGGGGGGCUGCCCUCCCAGUGGCGCCGCUUCACGGACAGCGCCCUGCGCAUGUUCCAGCGCCUGCUGGCCCUGGACCCUGAGAAGCGCUGCCCUGUCAAGGAGGUUUUCUACUUCAUCAAGUGCGACCUGAUGGCCGAGGUGCGCCGCCGGCCCUCCUACCGCUCCCGCAAGCACGCCGGGGACAAGCUGCCGGCGGGACCGCACCGCCACGACCCGGCCGGCUCCUGCACCCCCGCCCCGCUCAAGAGGACCGUCCUGACCGACGGCAGCGGCCCCCGCGGCCCCGAGCCUGGUGUGGCCUCCCCGGGCACGGCCGGCAGGACAGACGGUCGGCAGGAUAAAGGCAAAGGGCAGAUGGUCCUGGCCACAGCAAUAGAGAUCUGUGUCUGA